AUGGACCCAGCAGACACAGAUUCACUCCGCCAAGCUUUAGCCUCCCAGGGUUCGCUGGUUGGACAACAUGACAAAAUCCUCCGUGAAUUGGUGGAGAAUCUGCGAGCCCUUUCCUCCAAUGUCAUCCAACUCGGCAGCCAAAUGGACCAGGUCAACGCCCAUCUCACAGCUUCAUCUGCCACAGCAGCUUCACCAGCUGACCCCCCACCAGCGCUCCCAACGCCUCCACCAGGGCAUGCCACCCCAGCCCCACUAGCCCGUGAGCCUUUCAUUCCGACUCCAGAACGCUACUCUGGGGAUUUGGGGGCUUGUGGGCGGUUCCUUCUCCAGUGUUCUGUCGUGUUCCAGCAGCAACCUACCACCUACCCAGUUCUUCACCAGCCAGCCCCUCAGUUCCUCAGCACCACCCUCAAUGGAGGAGCCCAUGCAGUUGGGACGAGCUCGUCUCUCACCCUCAGAGCGCCAACGGCGAGUCAAGGCUGGUGUGUGUAUCUAUUGUGGCAAGGCUGGCCACUUCCUCGCUUCUUGUCCUCACCUGCCAAAAGAUUAGGCUCAUCCGGAACUGGAGAGGCCCUGAUGAGCCACACCUCCACCUCUCCAUCAGCCCCUCACCCCCGAAUGCAAUUUAAUGCAUCCCUUGUGUGCCAGGGUGACUCUAUCCCCCUUCUUGCUCUGGUUGAUUCUGGGGCUGAUGAUAAUUUCAUUGACUCCACCCUCGUUACCCAAGCUGGGAUCCCUGUUGAAGCCCUUCCUGCUCCUAAGGAUGUCAAUGCGCUGGAUGGAAGGCUCCUGGCCCGCAUUACUCAUCACACUGUUCCCCUGAGUCUCAUCCUAUCAGCCAGAUCUCAAGUUCUACAAUGGGGCCAUUCAUCUAAGCUCACCUGCCACCCUGGCUUCCACCGCACCCUCUCCUUCAUCAAACGGCGGUUCUGGUGGCCAUCCAUGACCCGCGACACCCGUGCCUUUGUGUCCGCCUGCUCCGUCUGUGCCCGCAGCAAGGCCUCCCAUCAACCCCCAGCUGGUCUCCUGCGUCCUCUGCCCGUCCCCAGCCGACCCUGGUCCCACAUAGCUGUGGACUUUGUCACCGGUUUACCCCCGUCAGAAGGUAACACAAUCAUAUUGACUGUGGUAGACAAUUUUUCCAAGGCUGUGCAUUUUGUCCCUCUCCCUAAAUUACCUUCAGCCACAGAGACUGCGGACCUCCUGGUCCUCCAUGUGUUUCGUCUUCAUCGGUCCAAGCCAACAUCCAAAGGUGUCGGCGGAUUUGGAGAGAGGUCCGGUCUGCCCUUCUCCGUUCAGCUGUCCGGAAUCAACGCCUUGCUGACCGCCAUCGAUCCCCUGCACCCACUUACCAACCCGGUUAAAAGCCCCUUGUGCCCUCCAGCCGAACCCCCCUCCACCCCCCCGGAUUAUCGACAAUCACCCUGCCUUCACUGUUCGGCGGAUUCUGGACGUCCGCCGCCGAGGCCGGGGGUUCCGGUUCUUGGUUGA